AUGACCACCCUCAGUGCCCCAGAGAUGACUGCCAUUGGGGCCGUAGCUGGGGUCUCAGAGGUCCUCAUUAUGCAGGUGAAUGCUGCGAGCAUUGCGCCAAUCACGGCCAUCCAGGUGAGCGGUGCUGCAGCAGGUGCCGGGGCAGCUUCAGCACUGGUGGGCUGCCCUGCAGAGCUGCUCAUGAUACAGCAGCAGAAGUCGGGGCGGCCACUCCUGGCUGAAGCCCGCAGAAUUGUCUUCCAGUUAGGGACGCUCGGCCUCUACCGCGGCCUGACUGCAAUGACAAUACGCGAGAGCGUUUACACCGGGAGCUACUUGGGGCUGUGCCCUGUGUUGAAGGGCUACCUGGACGAUAGGGAUCUGCUGCAGGACUACCCUGCCAGCAGCUCCCUCGUGCUGUCAGGCAUCACUGCAGGCCUCUUUGCAGCUUUCGCCACGCAGCCCAUAGACACUGCCAAGACCAGGCAGCAGGCCUUCCUAGAUUCGAAGGUACACCCAGAGUAUGCCACGCUGCGAUCCACGCUCAGGCACUUGGUGCAGACGAACGGGGUGACCAGCUUGUGGGCGGGGAUCAGCCCCAGAGCGUUCCGCAUAGCCACGGCGGUGGUCAUUCUGCAGGCGAUGCGCAGCAAGCUUAUCAGCGUUGUGGAGGGCAUCAAGGACCCUGAGCUCACGCCUGAGGAGGAACUCCUGCUGACGCUGCCAAGGGACUGA